GCCCCAUUUGUUAGUUUAAAUGAUGAUUUGAGCAUGGAGCAGAAUGACUUCAUCAGUACUGGAGCUGAAUUACCCUGAAUAAGUCCUGAGAAUGUGUUUGCUACAGUUGCACACGAGAAUACGGUAAUGACAGCAUUUAUUACUCGAUCUUUCAAAUUGAAACUCUCAUUGUUUACCAUAUGUUUAGAGAGAUGACUUCUCUGUCCUUAGCUGGAAGCACUUUAAUCAGAUGUUGAAACACGAGAAUCUUGAGGAAGAGAGUUCUGAUAUUCUAGAAGUUCAAGAAAUUUCUCCCUCUCACUUGGGACCCUCUUUGGAUUGAAGAAACGAAGUAUUUGAUCAGAAAUCUAAUUUCUUAAAAUUUGAGAUUUUACUGUCUGAGUUCUCCCAAGAAGCAUCUACAAACUUGCCAAUGCAGGUCACUUGCGAGCAGGGAAGCAAGAAUAGAGACAUGACUCUGCAACAACAAGAUAGUGAUCAGUUGCAGCUCCUCUACGAGCGAACUGUUCCAACAGUUAUUGAUGCAAAGUUGAGGUCAAGAUACAGGAACGCCCUCAGAUUUCUGAGAAAGUUCUUCUUGAAGUUCUACAAAAGUCGCAAUAAGUCCAUCAUAAGGAAGAGAUAUGUUAAUUGUUUACCCACUGAAAUCUCUGAGAGCGUUGAAGCAACCCUCAAGCAACUUCUUGCAGCCGAUAUAGUCACCAAAGAUUUGGUUGAUUACACCAAAGGAAUCUUGGGUUUAAGGGAUUCCAUCCGUAUGAAGUCCAAAGCAGGGAUAAAACAACAAGUGUUAAUUUUCCAAGAUACAGCAAGAAAUUUCUCAACGUCAAAGUUCAAACAGGCUAUGAACUCUGCUUGCCUUCAGACGUUGUGAAGGUGCUUAGCUGAGAACUCAGAUGACCCUCGUGCACAAGAUCUUGAAGGGUAUAUUAAUAAUUUUAAGCCUAAACGAUUGUAAUA